AUGCAUUGUCUCAACUUAGUCAGCUUUGAAUGUCAAGGUCAAGUCAAUGAAAUUCCAGAUAUAUGUUUCUAUGGAUGCAUAAAUCUUGUUGAUGUCGUUCUGCCUCCCUCUGUAGAAACUAUUGGAAAUUUAGCAUUUUGUAAUACAUCUCUCAAGAACGGAUUUUCAUUUCAAUAUAUUCGAAGGAUUGGAGAUCUCUCUUUUGCAUAUUCACAUCUAAAAACAGUAGCAUUGAAUAACACCGAAUACGAAUAUCAUAGAAAAGAAGAACAGUUUAUGUCUGAUUCAGACAGAAAAGAUAUUAUUUAUGUUGCUCCAUUCAGGAGAUGCAAUGAAAUCACAAAAGUUGCAUUUUUAGGAGAAUAUCCUCCAAUGAUGGCAUUUUUUGAUGAAUGUGAUAAUAUCAGAGAAAUUGAAGUUCCAACAGAUAAUUUCAUUGUUGAUAAUGGAAUUAUAUAUGACAAAGAUAAAUCAACUAUAAUAUCUUGUUCUCUAUUAUGUCCUUAUGAAUCAUUCACUGUACCUGAUACUGUUCAAAAUAUUUAUGAUUUAGCCUUAUAUGGAACGAAGAAAUUAAAGAAUCUUACUUCAAAUCAUGCACUUGAAAUAGGUAUUGCUGCAUUCAUGAAAUCUUCUCUUGAGAACAUUGUUUUAGAUGAUCAAAUAGAAGGAAAAUAUUAUGAAUCACAAUAUGCUAUAUUUGGAUAUUCGAAGAACCUUAAGAAUGUUGUUUAUAAAUGUGAACAAGCAUCCUAUUUUGAUUUUAUUUAUUGCGAAAGUCUUGAAAGUAUACAAAGUCAAUUCGAAAGAAUCGCGCUUGGAGCAUUUUACGGUUGCAAAUCAUUAAAAGAAAUAGAUCUUAAAAACUCUAGACAUCUCCAACAUAUUUGUUUCCGAGAUUGUUAUUCACUCAAAAGAGUUGAAUUUGGAAUACAGAUCGAAGAAAUUUACCCAUGUGCAUUUAAAAACUGUAUUAAUCUCGAAGAAGUAGUAUUCGAUCAAAGAUGCGAAUUGAGGAAUAUAAAUUAUGAAACAUUCAUGAACUGUAUUCGUUUAACAUCUGUUACAUUGCCACCCAAUUUACAGGUAAUUUCUGUUCGAGCAUUUGCAAAUACUUCCCUCAAUGAAGUAAGAAUUCUACCUAGCAUGCAUAUUGAGAACCAUGCAUUUGAUUUUUGUCCAAAUAUUAAGAUUGUUACAACAGCAGUUUAUGAACAUGAAUAUAUUGAUUAUAAUCGAGGUGAUAGUCUUGUUACUACAUUAGGAAAACAGAAUUCUACAUACAUUGUUCCAGAAGGCCUUGUGUAUUUUGAUCCUCUUGUUUUAGAUUCAAACAUUGUAUUUAAUGAAACAGUUGGAGCAUAUGAGAAAGAUUUAGGAAUUAGAACAAUCAUAAUUCCAAACUCAACACAACAGAUUUAUGUUCGACCAGGGCCAACAGCUAUUCUAAACUCCCUUUUUAUUGAGAAUUAUUGUUAUGAUGGCCAACAAAUUCAGAUCGAACACAUGUAUGAGUAUGUUUGGAUGGCAUAUACUUACUCUGGUCAGUAUUUUUAUCCUUAUGAUCUUGAAAUUACGGGCAUGAAUUUCAUGGUAGAUAUUGAUUGUCCUAUUCCAGUGCCAACAUUGUAUGCGCCUAAUCUUGCUCCUGGAGAAGAGGAUAAUAUUAAUAUUCCUGUUGUUAGAGCUCCAUGUCCAAAUACAACGGAACAACAUGAGAAAAUAUAUUUAGGAUCUGUAAAUCAUAAAAAGGUUUAUAUCAAAAAUGGUCAGGUAGUUAAUCUAAAUUCAAAUCCUGAACAGACAAACCAGAAUUCGUCUUCAGAAGAACAUUCUGGUUCUCAGAGUUCGGUUGAUACAAAUAAUCCAAUAAUAUCAAUAUUUGAUCAAAAUUCUGCAAACACAAAUACAAAAUUAACAACAAGAGAGACAAUUAUCAUCGCUGUUUGUGCAUCUGUUGUUGUUCUUGUUAUUAUAUUUUCUAUUGCAUAUGUUUACAUGAAAACGAAAGCAACAGAACCUUCAGAUGACAGCGAUGUAUUAGAAAUGGCAGAAGAAACGAUUCAAGCUUCAACUGGUGUUACAUUUGAUAAUCCAUUAUACAUGACGACUGCAGCAGUAUCAGAUGAUCCUUUUGCAAAAGAUUUCCAAAAUGAAGAUUAUAGUAACAAAUUUUAUAUAAAUCAACGCGAUGAUGAAUAA